AUGGAUAAGAAACCCCCAAAAGAGGUGACCGUUUUGGACAACGGCUACCUUGUACACAUUCACUGGAUCUUUAUCUUUUCUUUUCUUUUUCUUUCCUAGCAACCCUGGACAAAGUUUGUUGUAAAAGCGACUGAGCGGCGGCCAGCAAGGGAGGGAAGUGGAUGGACAGCGCAAGGGGAGGAACACGGUAAACUAACGACUUAAUGCCCACCCCAGCGCGUCUUACAAACCAGACCGAUGCCAAUUCUUCCGGUCAGCAGCGAUUAUGCUCCUCCAGGGGCAUCGACGAUUCCAAAAAUAGAGAAUAUGGUUAAGAAUUGGGGCCAGGCAAGGCGUGACACGCAGGAGGAAACCCCGUUGGCACAGAAAAGGUCCGAGGAGCGCGACGACGAGGCAAGACAAAUGAGUCGCAAAGACAUUCCACGUUGCGGAUCCAGCGCGCGGUGCACUCAGCGGACCGCCCCAGGUCAAUCCGGGAUAAUGACCGCGAUUAAAGUCGUGGGUCGGCUUGGCAAACUACAUGGAGGAAAGCAGAGGGGGAAGGAUGAGGCCCAAGUAUGGCAGGGCUGGCUAAUUGAUGGUCUGGAGAAGCGCGACCGAAUGGAAGUGGGAGAGAUGAUGAGGGGGAAUGGAUGGAGGGAUUGAUUUGUUCGGAGAAUCGGCGACGAUCCAGUGACUCGCCCUGCAGUUGUCACGGGAUGCUCCGAAUGCUAUAGGCUCACACUACUAUAAGACGGGAUUACUACAAUGCCAUAUAGAGGAACGGGAAGUACCCGAGGCAUCAAGGUUAUUGCUACACAGUACACCAGACGAUGCGGUGUCGACACGGUUUAAGUAACUUCUCCCAAGUAUAUAUCAACACCGCCGGUUACUGUAGGUUCCUGAUCGCGUUG